AUGGACAGCCGUGAGAUAUUGGAGUUGGAGAACAAGCUUCUUGAUCCGACCACAGAAGAACCAAUUUCUCUACCCCUACACUUUUUGAGAUCGAUAACAAAUGGUUUUAGCAAUGAGCAAGAACUCGGGAGGGGUGGGUACGGAGUAGUUUACAAGGGACGACUUCUCCACCAUGGCGAUUCAUUUCUUGCUGUGAAGAAGUUUCAUGAUAGUCAUGUAGUGAAGGGUGAUGAACAGUUCCAGAAAGUUGCCACUUCUCUUAUCAAACACCCAAAUGUAACACAACUCCUAGGUUACUGUUCAGAAUCAAAGGGAGAGAUGAUCAAGCUACCGAACGGGAAAUGUGUUAUUGCUGAUAAACAGACAAGAAUUCUCUGCUUCGAGUAUAUGUGUAAUGGAGGCCUUGAUAAGCAUCUUUCAGCUUUGGAAUGUGUGCACCCUGAGAAGGAGAAAAGGCCAAAUGUAUCAAAUAUAAUUGAAAUUCUUAAUGCAGCAGAAGGAAGUUGUGUUCAAAAUGGUGAAGAUUUACUGGUAGAUCACCAGUUAUAG